AUGAACCACAGUGCUACAAACCAUCGGAUACCUCUAAGUGAUGGGAACAGCAUUCCUCUCAUUGGGCUUGGUACCUACUCAGAUCCUAGACCGGUCCCUAGAGAGACCUAUCUGGCAGUGAAAAUGGCCAUUGACACAGGGUACCGGCACUUUGAUGGGGCCUACCUCUACAAAAAUGAGCAUGAAGUUGGCGAGGCCAUCAGAGAAAAGAUAGCAGAAGGGAAGGUGAAGAGGGAAGAGAUUUUCUACUGCGGAAAGCUGUGGGCUACAGAUCACAUCCCAGAGUUGGUCCGCCCAGCCCUGGAAAGGACGCUAAAGAGCCUCAAGCUGGAUUACGUGGACCUUUUCAUCAUUGAAAUACCCAUGGCCUUUAAGCCUGGAAAGGAUAUGCAUCCUAAAGAUGAAAAUGGCCAAUGGUUAUACCACAAAUCAGAUCUGUGUGCCACUUGGGAGGCACUGGAAGCUUGCAAAGAUGCCGGCUUGGUGAAAUCCCUCGGGGUAUCUAAUUUUAACCGCAGGCAGCUGGAGCUCAUCUUGAAUAAGCCAGGACUCAAGUACAAGCCAGUUACCAACCAGGUGGAGUGCCACCCAUAUUUCACCCAAGCGAAACUCUGGCAAUUUUGCCAGCAGCAUGACAUUGUUAUUGUCGCAUAUAGCCCUUUGGGGACCUGCCGGAACCCAACCUGGGUAAAUGUAUCUUCUCCAUCCUUGUUAAAGGAUGAACUUUUACUCUCACUGGGGAAGAAGUAUAACAAGACAGCAGCUCAAAUUGCGUUGCGUUUCAACAUCCAGCGAGGGAUGGUUGUCAUCCCUAAAAGCUUUAAUCAGAAAAGGAUCCAAGAAAACUUUCAGAUCUUUGACUUUUUUCUCACUGAAGAAGAAAUGAAGGACAUUGCCGCCUUGAAUAAAAAUGUCCGCUUUGUGGAGUUGCUCAUGUGGAGUAACCAUCCUGAAUACCCAUUUCAUGAUGAAUACUGA